UUUUUUUUUUUUUUUUUUUUUUUUGUAAGCAAAUUUUCAGAAUUUUUGAUCCAUUUCUCUGCAACUCCCUCUGUUUGUUCUCAAAGGGAAUCUGGAGGGAAGAAUUUUCUUGGUGAUUUUCUAGGCAUCCAAACAGAGUAUUUUGGUUUCAUGUUGGAGAAAUGGAGAAUUCAGGAUUUGAACAUAAGGCGAUUGGGCAAAUGAUACCAGAACCAGCAGCAGCAGCAGCAGCAGCAGCAGCAGCAGUAGCAGCAGCACAGCCGCCAUCAAAUGGAGUAUUAAGUGACAAUUUCAUCUCUUCACUGAACAAAAACAACUCCAUUUUAUCUCAACCAGUUGAUGAAAUUCAGUACAAAAGUGGGAAGAAUUUUGGGUGUUUAGGCAUGGAUGAGAUACUUUCCAAUCUCUGGAAUGUUGAAGGAACUCAAAACCAAAUUCAGUCACAAACCAAUGAAUUAAAUGAACCUCAAAAUCUCCCUUUCAUGGCUGCCAAUACUAUUAAUAAUUCAAGGCUAACCCUGUCUCGCCAAGCUGCAGCAGAACAAACAUACCCACAAUGGCAGAAGUUCAUGAACGUUCAGCAGAAUCCAUGCUACAGCCAGCAGGGUUUAGGAGAACGGACAUUGGAGGAUUUCUUGGUGAAAGCUGGAAUGGUUCAAGAAUCAUCAUCUUCUUCAAUGAAGCAGCUGCCAUGCUCGAUGGUGGAUUUGGGGUUAGGGAUGGGGGGAAAUUUGGGGCAGAACAUGUCUUAUCAUAAUCAUCAGAAUGCUGCUAUGAACUUUCCUGGGAAUUUGUUUUCAACUAACCAAAUGCUUACCCCAUCAGUUGGUGUGGAGCCAUCUGAUAACAGCUCAAUUCAGAUAUCUCAAAGCAUGACUGAUUGGGGUGAGCAUAGCAGCAAGAAGAGGAUCAUUAAUAGGUCCCCAGAAUUUGUGGUGCAGCGGAGGCAGCAUAGGAUGAUCAAGAAUCGGGAGUCAGCUGCUCGAUCUCGGGCUAGAAAACAGGCAUACACAGUGGAGUUGGAAGCAGAACUGAAUCAGCUGAAAGAAGAGAAUGAAAAACUAAAGCAAACACUGAUUGAAUCUGAAAUGGAUAGACAGAAAGAGAUGAUGCAGAGGAAGGAGCUGGAAAAGAGGCAGAAGCCAACAGAGAGGUUGAUGACAAUCAGGAGGGCAGCAAGCAUGGAUUGGUGAAGAGGGGGAAGAGUAUCUGUUUUAUCGACAUUGAGGAAAGUUUUAUGUGUAAAUGUUGAAAAUUUUACAGCAAGUAAUGGGUUUGGCCGAGACACUAUUUUACAGCAAGGAACGGUUUUGUCUGAAACACCAUAUAUUAUAUUAUAGGUAAUGGUUGUGUCUGAAACACUAGUGAUUUCAUUACAUAUGAAAGGUAGAUACACAUUUGAUUCAACA